AUGAUCACAAGACUUUCCCCAAGAAGGAAUCACAGAUACGAACCCUACUCCCGCAACGAUCAUUCCUACCGUACAGAGUAUGAUCGGACUAAAGAGCCACUCCGCAUACGCAAUUCUACCCAGGAUCGAUACUCUAAGGAGUGUUAUCCAAGGGAGGACUUUCUUCAAGCGAGAAGUAGGAGAGACCAGCCUCGUGGGUAUGAUGGAUACCACGGCUACCGACGAUCCCCUCCUCGCAGAGAUAUCUCGUUUAUCAGUGGGGAGUCCCACUCAGUAAGCUCUCCAAAGCCACGGUCUUGGAGAGAUGAUCAUAUAAGACCCUCCUAUAGGGAAGAUGAUAGGAACUUGACCCAUAGGUCCACUGAGUCUCCUACGGGGAUUCCCGAGGAUAUACCGAAGGCUCCAACUCCCCAAACUACAAGGACUGCAACCAAGGACCAACUGGAGGAGGCUGCAGCAAUCCUGGCUCGUGCUAAUAUGGCUCGCUCAGGUGGCAAAGAAGCAGAGACUACCUCGCUCAGACCAUCAUCUCAAGGACGUCUUUCAGCUACGCAAAGAUUGGGAAGUGCAUCUUCUAACUCAGGCUCACUUCAACGCCUUCCAGCCUCCCAACGUCUUGGCUCCCCACUCCCUAUUACAGGCUCACAAGAUCGCCUACCUGCUUCUAGUCGGCUGGGCCUCCCAAACCCAGUGGAACCUGCACCUUCUGCAAGAGUACCAAUUAUGGACAGAUUAGGACCACUCUUGGAUGAGCUUGAUACCGAUGAACUCUCACCUGUUUUGUCUACUCAGGCCCAGAAGAGGAAGCCAGGAAGACCCCCCGGGAAAAAGAAAAUCCAAUCCAGCCCUCUUGCACUACCAUGA